AUGGAGCAGACGAAUCUGUUACGAAGGAUAUUGGUUAUCGUUCUAAUCAUAGGCCCAUUAACCAUCGAAGGGUCACUUUCCGGUGGAGACAUCCUGGAACGGCACAAACGUACCUUGCUGCUGACGGAGGACGCGGCCACCGGUAUCUUGGCUGCCAUAGCGAUUCCUUUGGUGAAGGAGAAGCCCAGCGGAGUGGACAUUUUCUGUUCGUACAAUUUCGAAGCCAACUACGGUAUGACCGAAGAGGCGUCGGAUUGGACGGAUCCUUUCAAAAGGUUUCGAGUGGCGGAGAACCAGAAUGGCUUGCUGGACGCCGCUGGAGGUGAGGGUGGUGAAAGACGAAAGCGUCAAUCGUUGGCGUUCAGGCCGUCAGAUGGAGUUACUCGGAGGAGGCUGUAUCACGUCAUAGAGCAGCAGUUGUGGGUUGCUGGUUACGAUGGUAGGAAGUGCUUACUGAGAGCUAUUUGCGAGGCUUCCAGGAUUGGAUUUCAGGACCACAAUGGUGUCUUGGGUGAUCUGAUUCAAAUAAUAUUAAGUCCAUCUCUCUCGACCGACGAGCAACUUCCAAAAGAAUUCUACACAGCAGAAAAAAUAGGAUUGUACAGUGAUUGUUCAAGAUACAGGAAGCAUUGUGCGAAGGAUUUAUUGGAAUUAUUCUCAUAUGAGUUCUAA